UGUGAUCCCGGAGUUGUGGCUAAAGAUCACGACCAACGAUAUCGAGUCAGUUUCCACGCCUGUGAACCUGUGACAAUUAUAGAGUUAGCGGAAAGGGAUGGGUUUGACCCGCAGUGGUUUUGCAGCACUUGUUUAAUACGAAAACCUUUGCGAUCAAAGCACUGCUCAAUCUGUAACCAAUGUGUGGCCCGUUUUGACCACCACUGCCCGUGGGUCGCCAACUGUGUGGAUUACGAACAUCACAUCCAUUUUGGUGAUGACACCAAUGUUUGGACAUUUAUAGCCAACGCGUGGACUUAUAACGGAUGGAUUACAUGGUGUGCCCUCAACGCCGCCGUUCAUAGUCGUUUGGUUAGGAAUGACUACAAACGAGCGCAUGAAUUGUCGGCGUUAUAAGCAUUUUAAACGCGAUGAUAACGGCGCG